UUGUCUAAAUAAAAAAAAAAAAAAAACACAUCGCAAUUUACGUGUUGAAUAAUAAGUAAAUUUUAAAAAAGUAAUUACAAUUAGCAAUAAAUUAAAAUUACAAUUACUUGACAAUAAAAAUUUCAUUGAAAUUACGUAUUAUCAUAAUUGAAUCAAUAAUCGAUUCACCUUUUUUUUUUUUUUAUAUUAAAUAAUAAAAACAGAUGACUCAGUUUGUCAGUCGUGUAAUUUCCGUUGCCAGGAGACAAUCGUUGAAUUAUUUUGGUCGACAAGGAUUUCAUUUAUCAUCAAAAAAUAUGGUUAUCGCUGUUGGAGAUCAAUUACCAGCAAUAGACCUCUACGAGGAUGCUCCAAGUAACAAGGUUAACAUUGCUGAAGUUGCUGCUGGACAAAAAAUAAUUAUAUUUGGUGUACCUGGUGCAUUUACUCCAGGAUGUUCAAAAACUCAUCUUCCUGGUUAUAUUACAAGAGCUGAAGAGCUCAAAGAAAAAGGUAUUUCUUCAAUCUUUUGUGUCAGUAUAAAUGAUCCAUUUGUCAUGGCAGCAUGGGGAAAACAUCAAGGAGCAGAUGGAAAAGUUAGAAUGCUUGCUGAUACAAAUGGUGAUUUUACAAAAGCACUUGAUGUUGAAGUUGAUCUUGCUGUACUUGGUGGUACUCGUAGCAAACGCUACUCCAUGGUUGUCGACAAUGGAACAAUCAAAGAGCUUAAUAUUGAACCUGAUAAUACUGGUUUAAGUUGCUCAUUGGCUGAUCGUAUUAAUGCAUAAUUUAAUCACCUGAUAUUAUUAAUUUUCUUCUGAGCAAAUAUCCUAAUUAUAUGUGAUAUAAACACCAUUUGUUUUUUUUUUUUUUUUUCUACUUUAUUGUAACAAGGUUUUUACCUACUAGAUUUUUGUUAAACACUUGAAAUUAUUUUUUUCUUUAACACUAUAAUGUCAAAUAAUAAUUUGAUGUAUUUAAAAAAUUGCUCUGUUGAAAAAAAAAAAAAUGAUUGACAAAUAAAUAAUAAUUACAUCAAUA